UUUGGAGAUUGACACUGGCUUGACAUUCCAAGCUUCGUUCAUUCACUGAACCGGCUUAAAGCUGAGGUCACAGGGCUGUAGAGAGAAUCUUCAAAAGUCACAGAGAAGCUUUGGAGAGAAGAGUGAGCCAUCACUGGCAAUAUGGACGUGAAGAGACGCUCUGAGCCCGCUCAACCUCAAUGGAUCGGCAAACGCGACAAGCUCGUCCAGCAGGCGUUGGAGGACAACGACCUAGCGGGGCUCAGGCGUCUAUCGGCGCUUCCGGGCGGAUUUGGGUCCCAAGACAUGAGACAGAAAGUCUGGCCAAAACUACUUCAUACCGAGAAACACUUCGAUUCCAGGCCACUCAGCGAGGAUGAAGUCGCAGGACCCUCUCGACCUCGUUCCAAGGAGCCUGAUGCCUCAGAAAGAUGUGAAACGCCUAUUCAUCCGGACGAGAAUCAAGUGGACUUGGACACUAAGAGGUCCUUUGUCACGUAUCCGAGAGGCAUUCCUAAAGAGAGUAAAUUGACCAUGCAAGCCGAGCUGCACGACCUCAUCAUCCACGUGAUUCGGAAGUAUCCCUCAUUGAGCUAUUUCCAGGGCUUUCACGAUAUCAUGUCUACUCUGUACCUUACCUUCAUCCCACUUCCACCUGGGCCUCACCCUCGUGGCAGGUCGACCUCAGCCCGCAGCCGGGCACAGUCACGCGAUACGAGCAGAACAAAUAGUCGGAAUGCUUCGCCUGCGCGUCACCUCCAGGACGGACAACUGUGGGACGCACCACGUUCGACCGACCAGUCGAGAUCAAACAGCCCACGACCUUUAGGUGGACGGGAGACCGAACGAUAUGUCACUUCCCUGCCGGGAUGGCAGGUCCUCCUUCAGUGCGCAGAGGUCAUCAGCGUGUGCCGUGUGAGAGAUGCCAUGGGGAAGGGAUUGGAUCCCAUGAUGGGUCUGCUCAAGAUUUUGAAAAGAGUCUUAAGGGUCGCUGACCCAGAGCUCGACCAUUUCUCCGCCACUAUAUCCCCCGUACCCACUUUACCAUUCUUUGCGCUCUCCUGGAUCCUGUGUCUGUUUUCACACGAUAUUGAUACCCUAGAGCCUGUUCAAAGAAUGUUCGAUUUCUUGUUGGCCAGGAAUCCCAUAUCUGCCAUCUACCUUGCUGUCGCUAUUCUCAUGGCCAAGAAGAAGCAAAUGUUUGCCCUGGCUGAGAAAUUGGGCGCGGAGGGCUUAGAAGAUCCCUCUCUACUCCAUCCUUUGUUCGCCCGCCUUCCACCGCUAUACCCCGACACACUGGAGCAUCCGAAUCCUCCCGUCAAAGGUGAGGCAGAAAAAGCUGGCCUAGAUAUGCUCCAUGAGGAAGCGAAUCCCUACGAUCCUAUACCUUUGAGCCGUAUCUUCGACAUGACGGACGACCUGCUCGCUCGAUACCCCUGGGACGGUCCCAAGAUCCGUGGUCACGAGAUUAUGGGUCCGCAAAGUGUCGUCAGAACGUAUGCGAUCGAAGGUACCGAUGAGUUGGACUUGUCCGUUGCCCAGACCUGGGUCGAAAGUCAGGUCGUCCUGCCAGGGGCAACAGAACCCGAUGAGGAGCAGCCACUUUUGCCGCCACGGAGACGCUCACCUCUCGGCCUUGGCACCGCCCUCGCAGCGGGUGUGCUUGUCCUUGGUAUAGGUAUUGCAGUGUAUAGCGCCUCCGGGGAGCGGUCUGGCUGGCGACGCUGGUGGAUGGGUACACUGGUAUCUUGGUGGAAGACGCGAAGAGCUUCUGGACUAGACUACCUUCAGCUGUUACGAGACAAGGUUGGGCGAUUGUUGUGACGCGGCUCGGCAUCGGGCCGGUCAGCGCUCCAAGUCUUGUUACCUUGCAUACCUGUCAAUUCUGCAUGCUCCUCACGAGCCCACCUGAG